GAGUGGUGUGUGCAAUACACAUAGUUGCUUCUGAGCACGAAGUGAAUUGCUGGUGGAUUUGGAGGAUGUUUGACAGUGCGAGACCUUGGCUGCCCUAGUGGGACAAGCGCGUACAUCUGAUCGCGACAAUGUUGAAUGAGGUUGACCCAUAGAUCUCAUGAACAACUUGCAGCAGUCAACAGCCUCUCCUUCUGACAAUGCAUCUCUGCGCGCACACUUAAUUCUCCGCCCUCCGUUGGCAUCUUCUGAUUCUCAAUCAUUCUCUCUUCCUCACCAAAUCUUGUAAUACUCUUUCCACAAUCUCCUUGAGCGCGUCGGUUCACAUCAGGUCAAUCUUCCGCCAGUUACCAAGUACAAGUCCCUUGGGCACAUUAUACCGUCAAGGGUGGUACUCUACGUUUGCAACCACCGCAAUAACCCAGGCAGAAUUUUUAGCACCAAUACAUAUCGCGAAGGUGAAUACCAUAAUUCCCUUGGGUGCACACAAAUAAUAUCCUUUCAUAUCUUGCGUGCAGAAGCUAACAACAUUGCCCUAUUAGACAUCAACCACCCACAACCUCCAGGUCUAAGACCAUGAAGAAAAAGAGGCAGACACCAAGACCAGGACCAGAACCACACACAACAGAAAAACAUCAGCUAGCCCCAGAAGUAGAAAUGGCAGACCACACAAUGGAAACUUUCACGGUCACAUACCCAGCUCGGAUGCCAACUGAAGAGCAGAUCCAGUUUGGUACCUUGACAGCUGCACAUCAUAAACUGGUGAAUGAGUCUGAACUCAUCAAAUCACCCUUCAAUCCUACAAGAGCAGAUGUUGGUGAAUUGGACCAGCGUGUUUGUAUCACCCCCCAUAAGGCAUGGUACAGUAUGAGGAAAUACGUCAACUUUGUUAGUAAGUAGCCCCUUGUACAUUGAGGCCUUGUGCUGUUUUGCAUUGACUAAGGUUUAUUCCCAAGUCCAAGGGGAGACAUAUACUAGUGACCAAGUAGUAUUCGUUAGAUCCGAUCAAACUCCACCAGAAGACGCAAAACCAGAUGCGAAGACUUUCUGAGUGGCGAAAAUCCUACAAGUGAGAGCAGCAAGCCCCCAGCAUGUCUACGCGUUAAUAUCCUGGUUGUACUGGCCUGAGGAACUUCCACCACCAGCGAAGAGAUCUCUAGAUCAAGUCUCUCCAAAGGGUGGAAAAUGCCAAUAUCACGGUGCCCAAGAAUUGGUAGCCUCCAAUUAUUUGGAUAUACUGGAUGUCCUCAUUUUUGCUGGAAAGGCAGAUGUUGUGGAGUGGGAUGAAGCAGGCGACUAUAUAUCAGCUGGUGAAAGAAAGUACUACUGGCGCCAAACCUUCUGCAGACAGACCCAGGCAUUGUCGGUUAGUAAAACAUCUGCAGCUUUCAUGAUUUAAAGCGUACUGAUUCAUCUUAGAAAAUCCGAGAGCACUGCGUCUGUCUAGGCCCCUGCACACCAGAAAUCCAGAUGUACAUUUGCGAUAAUCCAGAUUGCAAAUUGUGGCUUCAUAAAAUUUGCAUGUUGGAAUACACAUUGUCGGAGGCUCUCAAAAAUCUGGAUCCGGAGGUUGAUACUGAUGCUGAAAUCCUCAAGAAAAACCACCGAGCAAACAAGCCAUUAUAUUCUGGCAUACUUGCUGGUAAAACUGAAGAUAAGGAUGAUGGCCCACCAAAGAUUAUUAUUCAUGAUCUUAGACGGGAGCACAAAAAGAGCUGGCAGGAAUGGCUCAAGUGUCCUGCGUGCAAGACGAAGAUAGAGUGAGUGAGAAAAGGAGUGUUGGUCAUUCAAGCGCUGAGGAUCAUGCACUUAUCACUCUGCUCUUUCGUUUCCAAGUUAAUAUACGGCCUCUUAUUUUAAUGACUGACGCAACGGUUCUUUAUGACGAAACGAGCUCAAACCUUGGGAGCACGAAAUUCUCGACGCGGCAAACGACUCUUCAACUCGUUGUAGACAUGGAAUACGCCUUCCUGGUAUUGUGAUUUCCUUUCCUUUGGCCAGCAUGGAGUUUGGGAAUACGGUAUACCUUUGAUUUUUGUAUGAUGAACUACGAAAAUACUAGCGGUUACUGCGCCAACGCGACUUUUACGAAAGAUUGCGAUUUGCGGCGGAUACGCUGGAUGUGAAUUAUAGGGAGCGAAGUCUGCGUGGAUUUGACAAUGGAGUACAUAGGACCACGGCAUACUUCUAUUGCACAUACGGUUGGCGAAGUAUCGCGGCGCCUUCGAUGUUCGCGGAAGCAAUAUUGGAAGGUUGGCUAUGGUGAUGUAAAUUUGAGAGAAGAUCAAAAGAUCAUAAUAAACAGAGGUCCUUUUUCGUAACAUA